CCAGGCCCAGGCGCCGCCGCCGACCUCGGUUUGGAAGGCGUCCGUCUCGCCAUCGGGGAUCCCGCCGCGCACGUACGGCCGGGUGGCGGCCCGCGCCCCGAGACCGCCGUCCCCGGCACGGGCUCCGCGCAGCUCCUCCGAUCCUCCCGCCGCGCCCGUGCCCACACUCUGCCGGUAGGUGGGCCCCGCGUCCUCUCUCUCUCUCUCAUCCGGCCAUGACCCACCUCCGAGCUCGUUUUGGCGCCAAGCCCCGUCGAAAAUUUUCGGUUUUCCCUCCACGGCUCCACCACCUCUCGCCCCCACUCCCACGCCCCCGCCCUCGUACAAAGCCCGACUCAUCUCUCUCCCUCUCUCUCUCUCUCUCUCUCUCUCUGUCGAUUCCCGAUUUCGCUCCAGCCAUUAAAGCAGGGGAGCAAUUUGUUGCCGUGGGAGUGCGGUCGCGGGUGCCCGCUGAUUCCUCCUGCUCGCCCUCGCCGGCGGUGUGGUGGUGUGUGGGGGGAGCAGCCACCAGCCAGCUCGCGCCGUUCCGCAUCUCGGCUCUCCCUUCGCGCGUGAUGGGAGCUGUUGGGUCCUGAGCUGCCUGCCCUGUUCCAGCUGAGAGAUGAAACUGGAUGAUAAUCAAAGUUCUGCUACACCUGACACUUCCAAUUUAACCGUGAACUGCAAUCAUCAUGGGGUCUGGAUCAGUGACUCUGAAGCAAAAGAAACGAGUGAAACAUGCAAAGAACAAGUACUUGAAACCUGGUGCCCUGGCUCAGAUUCGUUAUACUAGGAGUACCAGCAGGGACAUAGGGAAGAAAAGGAUUCUGUUGAAUGUGAAAGAUGAGCUGGAGAUAUCGCCACAGGCUGAGGUUCUCUUAGAAAGCACAAGACCAAUUUUAUCCCCCGCAAGACUCAAUUUUGAGCCGUUUGGUAGCAAUAAAGGACAGAUAUUGCCAAGGACUCCGAGGACUCCUGAUGCAGCUGAGUUUGAUGGUGAUUCAAGACUUGAAUCGCUUCCACUUGAUUUGCUGAUCAAGAUAAUGUGUUGCUUGCACCAUGACCAACUGAAGGCUGUUUUCCAUGUUUCCAAAAGGAUUCGAAAAGCAGUUGAACUGGCGAGGCAGUACCAUUUCAACUAUACUACACCAGAUCGAAGCAGACAGGAAUUACUCCUAAACAAGACUCCUCUUCCAACGGAGCAUUGGCCUUUCUUGAGAAUCGAUGGCAAGGAUGUGCGUGUUUCCACCCCAAGGACCCCACGGGCCCCAAAACAUGCUGCUCGCCUUUCACGCCUUAAGCUGGUUGAUGUGAAGCCAAUCACAGCAGUUCUUUUCCAGGAGUCUUCUACUUCUUUUCCUUCAAAGCGUCUCCGACGCUCAAUGCCACCUGGACUGCCAAGACCUGUAUCCAAAGCUGCACCCUCGCCUCGAGUUUUACGAUACGAGGAGGAGCUUUGUGAAGCUGUGGCACAGAAUAAGCUUCUUUGAGGAUCCAACAAGUGUAUUUCUUUCAUCUGUAGUGUAUAGUGUCAAGCCCCUUGGUAAGAAUUUUGUCUGCCAGCUAGCUCCUAGUUGGCAUCUUAGAUUAUUGUUACGGGUUAGAUUUUAGACUAGUGUUAGACUGUCAUAUACCCUUAUGCCAUAAGUAUCCAGUUUGCUUUACUCCAUGGUUUUGUAUAUAGCACAUAAUAAAAUGGACCCUUUUAUGUAUUUAUUUAUACCUAAUCCUUUUGCCUG